GUUACUUCCGGUUGCGCAAAUCAUUAGUUCGUCGCCAUCAUAGCGACGAGAUCGCGACCGCUUUGGCCGCAGAGCCAGGAAACCGAGGGUAAUCGUCGUUUACGGCGAAAAGAGAGGCAGAGCUUCUGCUCUGGUAGAGAAGUAUCCGUGGACAUCGUUCUACCGUCAGAUUGACUGUGGAUCAUCGACAAUUCGAGGAUCUGUUUUUCCAUCUUUGACGAUAACGAAACAUGGCUUAUUGAAGAAGAUGAAGGGCCUGCAGAAAUAUACUGUUUCUCCAUACGGAGGAAACCGUAGCCUCAACCACUCUGGAAAUCAGCACGAACGUAUUCGUGCCAGAAAUGGAAAAAAACGCGAAAUAUACGCAGUCCUCCGCAAAGGGGGUGUCUGCUGAUGCUAAGAAAAAUCAAGAUAUUACAAACAACAAACUUUUUCCAAGGACUUCGAGACGACGUGAACCAACUGGUGCUAGCAGUUACUCGAGAUUUGAACAACCAAAGAAGUACAAUGUGCAACAAAAAGGAAAAAGUUUUGAUAAGAGACCAAAACCUAAAGGACAAUAUCAUGGCAGUUCAAAGGAGGAUACCAAGGUAGUGGAAACAGAUAUAGCUGAGCCAGGCUCAGUAGUGGUCCAAGGAAGUAAAAAGCAGAACUUGAAUUAUCUGCUGAAUUUUCAUUAUGAACCACGCGAGAUGCAAAGUGGUUCAGGUGGAUGGAGUCACGGAAAAUCAGUGAAGGGUUACUCUCGCAACAGUAAUAGAUGGCUUCCACCAGUACAGCGACAUAAAUAUAACAAAGAACAAUUUCUGCAAGCCAGCUGCCAGUUUGUUGUAACUGCAAAUAGGAAUUAUUCAUUGCAUCUGAUCGAUCCUGACGUACUAGUUGAUUGGAAACUAGUAGAACAAAUUAAAAUUCAUAGCUCCGAGAACUUAUCAUGCCCAAUAUGUUUAUACUCACCGGUCGCGGGAAAGAUGACACGUUGCGGUCAUGUUUUCUGCUGGUCUUGUAUUCUUCAUUAUUUGUCGCUUUCUGAUAAAUCCUGGCGUAAAUGCCCUAUUUGUUACGAAUCUAUUCAAAAAUCUGAUUUAAAAAGUGUCACGGAAGUUCCUCAGAGCACAUUAAAUUUAGGAGAUAGCAUUACUUUACGUUUGAUGCGUCGUGAAAAAGGAUCACUGCUCGCAGUGCCCGUUGGAUCUGUAGCUCAAAGCCCAACAAAUUUUUUCCCACUUUCAGAAACUAUUAGCAGUCGGGUGUAUUCAAAACUACUCCUUGCAAACACAGAAGAUGUUAUGAACAUCAUUGAAUGUGAACGUGUUCAAUUAAAAGUUGAAUUGUUAGAUAAUCCUGAUUCACCAGAAAAUUGUUACAUCGAACAAGCCCUUGAUGAGCUUUCAAAAAGAGAAGAAGAAUUGUUGCAAAAGGUAAAACCGGAACCCGAAGGCGCUUCUGUGGAUACAAAUGUAACAGAACAAGCAGAGAGCAAUGACAUUGAUAAUCAACAGAAAUCGCAAAGUUGUGAAGAAACGAAUGAUUUAACAAAGAAGGAUGCAAAAAGUAUGGUUGAAGAAUCAACAAAACCUGCAGAAAGUUUACUUAACAGUGUUCAAUCUACAUCAGGGAUACAAAAGUUCUUUUAUUUUUAUCAAGCCGAGGAUGGACAACAUUUAUAUCUGCAUGCAAUGAACGUAAAGAUGCUAGAAAUGCAAUAUGGAAGUCUUGAGAACUCUCCUCACGAAAUAACGGGGAAACUCUUGGAAAAAGAAGCAGGAAGUCUCACCGAAGACCUGAGACGUAGGCUGAGAUAUUUAUCUCAUUUGCCAUUAACUUGCCAGUUCGAAGUAGCCGAAAUCGAAUUGAGACCACCAAUUGUGUCAGAGGAAGUCCUGGCUUCAUUCCAAGGUCAGUUAGCAUUAAGACAUAAACGCAGACAACAACAAGAACGCGAGGAAAGGAAAAGAGAGAGGAAAAUCACAGAGGAAGAAAACAAACGAAUGGGAAAAUAUCCAACACCUAUUGUACACAUUGACUCACAGCGGCAUUUUCCUCAAUGGCAGCCAGAAUUGUUGUUCGCGGAGGAAAGCGUUUCAUCACCGCCAGAAUCUACGGCUUCCAGUGUAGCUAGUAGUCCAUCUUCGAGCACAUUUGACGAAAUUGUUGCAUGCAGUCAAACUACAGCCACACAAGAACAGGGACCAUCGUUUGCAGAAAUGUUACGAAACACCGGAACACGUUUAAAGUCGCAUGCUGCAUGGCCAUCGGUUAACUCCACCCGCGGGAAAUCAAACUCGGGUCAGUCGUGUUCGAGAGAAACUGAGGACGAAGAUUACACCUCAGCCCGGUCACACAGCCGAAGUUUCGGCGAUGCUUUAGCAGCUGCUUUAGAACAAACAAAGCUAGGAACAAAGAACGGCGGAGGUGGGAGAAAGAAGAAGAAAGGCAAAUCAACCUUAUUAUUUGCAAAUACUAUGGCACAUAUGUCUUAAUUUUUUUUUUCCUAAUAAUGCUUGCACUUUACGUUCUUAUUUAUUUUCGAGUUUCGCAAUUGAGUUGUUUAUCACGUUGUUUCCGAUAUAUGUUAGAAAAUUUGUCAAGUCCUAGUACAAAACGUAAAUAUUAUAUAAUGGUGUAUUAUUCAGCUACCGAAUUCUUAUCAUUGUAUUAUUAAUUACUAAAUAUUAUUUUCUGUAGCAUUGGGCCCGUUGUGCUUGCAAAUAAAAUUUUAUUUCAUGGAAA